CCAAAUGACGCCUGCAUUAUCCUCGCAUCAACCGCCUGUACCUUUCUUAUAUCAUCUUUGCCCUCCACCUUCUUUUUAUUCACGCUUCUCUCCCUUUGUACAACCAACUCUAUGCGCGGAUUCCAACCCCAACUCAAUUCCAAUUAACACAACCAUUUUAAACCCGACACGGCGACACCACUGUCUAAAACUCGUGAGGGUUACUAAAAACAAACUAAUCCACGCUUUCCAGCACUUCCCAUAUCCAACUGCAGAUACAGAUAUUUCUUUCUUUUCUUUUCUUUUUUUUUUUAAUAAUAAUUUUUUUUCCGAGACAGAGAGGGACGGUGGAACAGUCUUUGGCGACCUUUAGUAAGGUGAUAUCGAUGGCGGUCGCUGAACGGCGAAAGCAUCACAGCGAUAAGAAAAUGUUUAGUCUCUGUACUUUUUGGCAGAGUGGAACAACGAACUCCUCGUCUUCCUCUUCUACGCAGAAUCUCAACCACACUCAAAACAGCAACAGCAACAACCGGCACCUGGAAAUUAAGACUAGCUCGAAAUCUCCAUCUUCUUCGAGAACGGUGUCAUCUGUUGCCAGAUCUCUUCUCCCUGCUCGCCGAAGACUCCGUCUCGACCCUGCCAAUAACCUCUACUUUCCGUAUGAACCAGGAAAACAGGUGAGGAGUGCAAUCAGGUUAAAAAACACUAGCAGGUCUCAUGUAGCUUUCAAGUUUCAAACAACAGCACCGAAGAGCUGUUUCAUGCGUCCUCCAGGUGGCAUCCUUGCUCCAGGAGAGAGCCUCAUUGCAACUGUGUUCAAGUUUGUUGAGCAUCCAGAGAACAAUGAGAAAGUAUUAGACCAGAAAAGCAAGGUCAAGUUUAAGAUCAUGAGUUUGAAGGUGAAAGGAGGAAUAGAAUAUGCACCUGAGUUGUUUGAUGAACAGAAGGAUCAAGUAACAGUUGAGCGAAUAUUGCGGGCUGUAUUUGUGGAUGUGGAACAUCCCAGUCCUGCAUUGGAAAAACUGAAGCUUCAGUUGGCUGAAGCUGAGGCUGCUCUUCAAGUUCGUAAGAAACCUCCACCUGACACUGGGCCUCGUGUUGUUGGGGAAGGUCUUGUAAUAGAUGAAUGGAAAGAGCGGAGAGAAAAGUACCUGGCUCGACAAAAGGUUGAAGCAAUAGACUAAACAUAUGGUGGGGCUUGUUCUUGCUGUUACUGCUUCUGGCAGAUUAAAAUUUUAAGAUGAAGUAUACUCGGUUCGUGGAUUUCUAGCGAGUGGAGGUGGAGAAUAGGGUGGCUGUCAGGUGCCUCGGGGAGAAAAUGUAUGAUGCCAAAUUGCCAAUGUUUGUUGAACACUUUGGACGUUAGAGUGUAAGAUUUGGGCUUUACCCAGCUUGUAGAUAAUGGAUUUUGUUGUACGAGGAAAAUAAAUCAAUAAGGUCAGCUUUAUUUUGUAUGUUUUAGGAAUGGGGCGCUCGGUUUUGUAUCUGUUUUUUUAGCCUUGUGCAUUGGAAGUUAUACUUGAUCAAUAAUACAGUUCGUGGAUUUUGUGGUGUCA